AGGAAACUACCAUUAGCGUUUAAGUUUGUGUUUUAGAAAGCAUUCAUUUUUAGUAGAAAAUUGUGUCUUUCUAUUUAAAAUAGUGCCUUUUUUGUUUGUUAUAGAAUAUUAAGAAUGGCAGCCCAAGUUGAGGGACCAUUUAAUUAUACAGCUACUGGUGUUCUGGGUGAUCAGAGGAACUCAAUGCUGCAAAAUGAGCUUCAUUUGAGGGACAAAGUUGGUCACAUUAAAUCUCGAGGCUAUCAGCUCCCGAUGCAAAGUUUUGUGUAUGGUUUACCUAAUGAAAAAAGAGAAUAUUCCGCAGCCGAUGCCUUAGCCUCUUGGAAACUCUCUCAUUAUAGUCUGAAUUCUGAUCCAGCUUUGCGAGGGUGGACUGGAAAUUAUUUGCCUAAAGGUGGCGCCAGUAAAACCAAAGCAGCCUCAGAGAGAGACUUCAUGACAAUGAACAAGGCAGCCGUGGCUGAUGGACUUGUCACAACGGAAGAAACUAAUGACUACAGGGCAACACAUGAUAUAAGGAGGUCACCUUGGAAUAGGAAAGAAUUGUCUGGCAAGAUGAGGUCCAGGAGGUUACCCCCCACCAUGGUGUUCGGAAUUCCCAGCAGACCAUCAACCCCUAUCUAUGAAGUUAUAGAACACAAAUAUCAAGACCAAUGGAUGAAAGAAAGACAAAAUUUGUUGAGUAAUAAAAGGGCAGAAGAAGUCAAGAGAAGAGUAAUGUCUGCUCCAGUUGCUGGUCGUAGCAAUGGUAUUGUGUAUGAGACUAGAGCCUCUUUACUUAGAACUUACCAGAACCCUGUGGACCCAGCACCCUUGUGGCAGCUGCCAAGAUUCACAAAAUCUGCCAAGGCUCAAAUACAAAGUUUUCGUACAAACGUAGACAAAUCAGCAUCUUUCAAUUACCUGAAAACAGACAGAGUUGGCAGACAAGGAGAUUUUGGAAUAGGAAUUUAUGAAAAACCUAAGAAUUAACUUUGUGACUAUUGGUAAAUGUUAAUUGUGUCCAUUUUUUAAUGAUUUCUUUGACUCCUGUUAAGGUUUUUAUAUUGAAAACUAUUUUGCACAAGACUUUUUUUGUUUAACACUUGAAUCUGUGAUACUUUGAACUGUUCUAGCACUUUGAUGUAUGUUUGAAUAUUGUGUAUGAGAGUUCUCUUAAUUAAAUCACACUGAAGUAUUUGUUGCAAGUAUGCAUGUGUUCAACAAUGAAUAUUUCAGUGAAAAUAUAUUUGGUGCAUUCUGGAUUAUUUAUUCACGCAUUUAUGUUUGCGCAAGAAUUAUUUUGUUCUAUUAACAUUUAUUACUUAGGGUUAAGUUUAGCUUAUUGCUAUGUCUGGGUCAAGUUUAGCUUAUUGCUAUGUCUGGGUCAAGUUUAGCUUAUUGCUAUGUCCUAAACUCUUCUUGAAUAUCACCAUUUACCUUCUAUUUUAAUAAGGGAAUUCCAUUGUUAGAUAAAAAUAGAGCAAUUGAGUUCUCAAACACACCAUAAGAAAAAAAAAAAAGAACUUAAGAACUCUUUUUGUGUAAAAUAAUCAGGCCAUGUCUGGAAAACAUACUUGAUGUAUAGUUUAGCCAUAUCUGAACAGGGGAGAUGGUGGCUGAGUAGUUGGCUACGGAACCAAGAGGUCUCCAGUUUAAUCCCAGUUAAGUCUAGGACUUUGAUUUUGAACUUUGAAAUUUUUAGAGUGUUCCUAAAUCCACAAACUCUAAUCGGAACCUGACGUAUGUUGGGGAAAAAAGGCAGUUGGUUGCUAAUGCUUGCCACAUGAUGCCCUUGUUUAACGUCAGCAAUAGGAAGAGAUGAGUUUUACAUAGAUCUUAAAAGGGUUUCUUUACCCUUUAUGCCUGUAUGUGGACAGAUUGAAUCAUUAAUGGUCCAAUAAAUGAAAUGUCAUAUACUUUGUUUCAUUUUUUAUGUAUAUAGUUAUUAUGGAACGCUAAAAAGUUAUUUGAGAUUAAGUCAACAUAUUUGUCUCAGUGUUUGCUGCUAGUGAAUGACUAGAAUAUAGUGUGAGAGGAAAUUUGUUUCAAAAUCACUUGUUUGUUAUUUUAUAUGAAAAAAAUUUAUUGAUUGCUAUGUACUAACAUAUUCUUCAUGUUAUAUUAUUUUAUAUGUUUCUAUGAACUAAACAUUUUUUAUUGACUGUGAUGUAUUUUUCUUUCUAUUUUCAAUGUAUUUUCUAAAAAUUACUUUGCCGAAUUAUCCUUUUUUCAGCUUUAUAGCAAGUUUUUUUUUUUUAAAGAAAAAUAUUUCCCCAAUUUUCAAGGUUAGGUGACCAAGGAUAAAUUCAUUGGCUUUAGAAUGACAGAGUCUGAAGUUCCAAUCCCACUUGGGAUUGUGAGAUAAAUGGAGGACAUCCCCAAGUUCAUUUAGCUUUACAAUCAAUCUGAUUGUUUAAACUUUAUGUGAUUCGUCAUUGUGUUGACCACACGGCACCCUCAUCAGAUGUUGGCCAUGACUGUGAACCAGCUGAUUCAUGUCUGAAAUUGUUUAUUUUGCCUGCAUUAAAAUGUUGUGACUAAUAUGUAUAAUUUUUCCCAAAAAAAUUUCAUAUCACAUAAAAACUAAUUUGUUAUAAAAUUUCUAAAAAAAAAAAAAAGAAAGCUUCAAAACUUAUCAAUGAUUGCAAAAACAUUACAUUCUUCUUCUUCUUCUUCUUCUUCUUCUUCUUCUAGCCAGCUUUAUUGCUGCUGAGCUGUGAGCUCUUUUGCAGUCUGUGCCAAGGAAAAAAAGUGUGCUGUUUUCUUCAGUUGUUCAGCACUGCCGUACAGGGUGUUGGUUAUGUUGGGCUGUAGUGGAUGUAGGGUCUGCCUAAAGGUGGAUUAGGGAGGGGCAUUCAAAGAGAAUAUGUUUUACGGGGGAGUUAUGUAGAGUUUAUUUUGUUCAGGUGGUUAUUUAAUAAAAAUGUAAUACAAAUACACAAUUUUAAAAAUUAAAUUCAAUAAUGAAUUAAUAUUAUAGGGCCUUUUGUUAAAACUUGAAUUUAAUAUCACCGCCAUUAGUGCCAUUUCAUUCUGUUCUGGACUAUUACCUAUGUUUUUUGUUUUUUUUUACUUUUUGUAGACACUACAAUGGCUGAGUGGUAAAGUGCUUGGAUCCUGGGAUUUUUAAUUUCAGGAUCUUUAGGGACACCUCUGAGACCACCCAGCUCUAAUGGGUACCUGACAUUAAUUGGGGAAAAGUAAAAGCGGUUGGUCGUUGUGCUGGCCAUAUGACACCUUCAUAAACCGUGGGCCACAAAAACAGAUGAUCUUUACGUCAUCUGCCCCUUAGAUCACAAGGUCUGAAAGGGGAACUUUACUUUUUACUUCAACUGUAUCCAUGGAUUAUCUUCCUGGUUUCUUCUACUUUCUUCUCUCUUCACUUAUUGAGUGGUAUCUUCAAACAUUCCUGGCCAUCAAGUCAGCUCUCUCUCUCUCUCUCAGCUUCCAUCAUCUGAAAUGGAUCACUCCUGUAAUCUGUAGACUUUUGUGUCCUUCUUUGAAUCUGUAUAGUUGAAAUGAUGUUGAGCCAGAAGGUUCUCAGACUUUGUCACUAACUCUUGUUUUUUGAAAGCUUUCAGCUUCAUGCUUAUCCUAUUUCUUUACAAACAUUCUGAUAAUAGAUAUUAUAAUUACAUAAAUGUGAGUAGCUAGACUUUGGUGGCAAAUAUUUGAAAGGGUGGAAAAAAUUUGAAAACUUUCUUUUCAGUGUGUUUCAAAAUCCUAAUCUUUGAUUUUGUCUAAAUGCUUUACUUUAUUCUAACAUAACUAUUGUGUGAUGCAUGCAUUAGUUAUUAUUGAAACAAAACUUUAACUUUGUUUAAUUAAAAUCUCAAUAUUUAGUUUUCAAGAUGUAUUUUAAAAAUGUUAUUUCUAAGUCCAAAAUCGUUUCUAAUAGCAUUUUGUUUUAAAUGAGUAAUUAUUAUUGUCAAAUAUGUUCAGAUUUUUAUAAAAUUUUCACCAUUUCCAUUAUUUAGUUCAAUACAAUACAUGUGUUAAUAGAAAAAAGAAAGCUAUAGUUAACAAUAGCAAAUUAACAUUUGGUUAUAUAUUAAAGACAUUACUUCAAAAAAGAAGAUAAUUACGUCCAAGAAUAUAAGAAAUUAUCCCAAAAUAUCCUAACUCUUGCUAAGAAGUUGUAAGUUGAUCAGGUCUUAUGUAACACACUUAGAAUUACAGUUGUAUUGUAACUUUGUCAUUUGUGUUGACGCCAAAAAAAUGUGUAAUUGUGUUUCAUUUGAAAUAUAUUAGUUAUCUAUAUUUAUUUGAGCAAAUGUCUAUAUUUGACUCUAGUUUUGUAAAAUUCGUCCAUAGUUAUGAACCAUUUGUUAAAUAGUUUUUUUUUAUUUUUGUAACCAAAUUUAUUUAUUUUUUAUCUUAACAAAAACUGUUUGUGGGAUUACAGGCCUGUAUUAUUUGUUCAGUAUUAUAAUUGAACAGAUUUUUUUUUCCAUCAUGAUGUUCAGAUGGUUCAAGUAUUAUUUUCAGCAUUACCUGGUCAAAACAAUUGCACUAAAUGAUAUACAUUAAAAAUCAAAUGGGCAAACAAAUGAAUCAGCAUUGAAGUAGCUUAUCCUCUAUGACCAGGUUAGAUAGACAAUUUACUUUGUUGCAUAGUCAGCUACUUUGAGCUGCUGUCACAUUAAUGUGUUUCUUUUCGAUUUGUUCUCAUUAUAAUGACAAUGUAGAACUUUGGUUUCUCAUCCAUUGGCUUUAAUUUGAUGCUUGUGUUACAUGCAGUGUACAUACAGAACUACAUCUAUAUUUAUAUAAUACUUCUAUAUAUUUACUCUAUUUUCAUAUAUAUCCAUCUACUGCAGUGAAUCACCCUCACUUUUUAAAUAAAAAAACAGAUCAUCAUAUUACCAAACCACUUUUUGAUAGAUGCCCACAUGGGAUACAAUUUAAAUUUUUUUUAAAAUUAUUUUUUGAGACUUUUCAAAGAAGUCUGUGAUUGAUAUUUUGUGUCUUAAUAAAAUCAUUAGUUGACAUA